CUCUCAAGGCCGUCUCUCGUUUUUCUUCUAACGUUUGAUUUCGUCUCCAAUUCGUUAUCUCUUCCCUUUUUUUUUUCAAAACAUAUAUACUCAAUCCAAGUUUUUUUCCUCAUAACAGUCGACGAUAAUCGAAUCCGAAGACCUUUUUUUCAAUUUCUCUUCCGUUUCGUUAUCCUUUCUCCUCAACCUGAUCUGAAUCUUUUGUCAAUUUGUAAACUUUUUAGUUUGGUUGUUUAUAGCAAAAGCAUAGCUCAAAUCAAAUUAGAUUACUAUCGAUUUUGGGUCUCAAUUCAACGAUUAGGGCUAGCUACUUGAUUCGAUCUGAGUGGUUAUAGAUUCUCUAUCGAGCUAGGGAACACAAUUGAAGAUCUGAAUUAGAGUUUGUUGAGAUCGUUUUCAGCUAAUCGGGUCUGAUUUGAGACGAAUUUAGGGUGAGAGAAAGAUCGAAUUAAAAGAAAGGGUUACUUUUCUGAUUUUGAAAGUAUGGAUCGUGUGGUUGGUGGUAAGUAUAAGCUUGGACGUAAACUCGGAAGUGGAUCAUUCGGUGAACUCUUUCUAGGUAAGAAUGUGCAAACUGGAGACGAAGUUGCAGUGAAGCUUGAACCUGCGCGGGCUAGGCAUCCUCAACUUCAUUAUGAGUCAAAGCUCUAUAUGCUUCUUCAAGGAGGAACUGGUAUUCCACACCUGAAAUGGUAUGGGGUUGAAGGUGAAUACAACUGCAUGGUGAUUGAUCUUCUGGGGCCUAGCUUGGAGGAUUUGUUUAAUUAUUGUAGUCGGAGGUUUAAUCUUAAGACUGUUCUUAUGCUCGCUGAUCAGAUGUUAAAUCGAGUUGAGUAUAUGCAUGUCCGGGGAUUUCUUCAUCGUGAUAUUAAGCCAGAUAACUUUCUGAUGGGUCUUGGACGCAAAGCUAACCAGGUGUACAUCAUUGACUACGGGCUUGCCAAAAAGUACAGAGAUCUUCAAACUCAUAAACACAUUCCCUACAGAGAAAACAAAAAUCUUACUGGAACAGCUCGAUAUGCAAGUGUUAACACUCAUCUUGGUAUUGAGCAAAGUAGAAGGGAUGAUUUGGAAUCCCUUGGCUAUGUACUUAUGUAUUUUCUUCGUGGAAGUCUACCUUGGCAAGGCCUUCGCGCGGGUACAAAAAAGCAGAAGUAUGACAAGAUCAGCGAAAAGAAAAGACUUACACCCGUAGAGGUUCUAUGUAAAUCCUUUCCACCUGAGUUCACAUCAUACUUUCUCUAUGUACGAUCAUUGCGGUUUGAAGACAAACCAGAUUAUCCAUACCUAAAGCGGCUUUUCAGGGAUCUGUUUAUCCGAGAAGGUUAUCAGUUUGACUAUGUAUUUGAUUGGACAAUCUUGAAGUAUCCACAGUUCGGUUCAAGCUCCAGCUCCAGCUCCAAACCAAGAUCAAGCCUUAGACCAGCUCUGAAUCCCCCAUUGCCAUCUGCCGAGAGACCAGAAAAACCUACAGCUGGACAAGACAGCCGGGAUAGAUUCUCGGGUGCUUUAGAGGCAUAUGCUAGAAGAAAUGGCUCAGGAAGCGGCGCGGUUCAAGCUGAUAGAUCGAGACCAAGAACCUCAGAGCAUGUAUUAGCAUCAUCAAAGGACUCAAUACCACAAAACUACGAGAGAGUUGAAAGACCAAUCUCUUCAACAAGACACGCAAGUUCUUCAAGAAAAGCCAUUGUCUCGAGCGUUCGAGCUACUUCUUCAGCUGACUUCACAGAGAACCGCUCGAGCAGAGUUGUUCCAAACAAUGGGCGUUCCUCAACCACUCAAAGGACUCAACAUGUUCCUGACUCGACCACUAGACCAUCGUCUUCUUCAUUUUCCCGAGCUGUGCCAUCGUCGAGGACUGCUCGUGACAUCGCGCUCCAGAACUUUGAGCUACUUACCAUUGGGAAUGGGAAGAGGAAGUGAGAAGCUGUGACAUUUCUAUGGCUUACUUUACGAUGAAUGAGUGGGGGGAAACUGUGACAUUUGUAUGGCUACUUUGUUUUUUAUUGCGCGGUUUCCUAAUUUUAAAGGAAUAAGACGAACAUCAUUUGACUAAAAAAUGUAUGUGAUAAAUAUAUGGGUUUUGUUAUAAUAAUACUUAUAGUUUAUCAGUACAGAUAAAUAAAGCGAACGUCAUUUGACUAAGAAAAUGUACGUG